AUGACGCCGAAGACGACGACCGGAACGACGCUCGGAUUCGACGACGACGACGACGACGGACGAGCGACGACGGCGAUGACGGACGCGCGAGCGAACGCGUCGACGGUGAAAGCGCGGGUGGUGACGCCGAUGCCGACGUCGACGUCGAACGUGGAGAUCGUGAACCUGCUGUCGAGCGAAGAGACGUCGAGCGAGGGAGGCGGGACGCUCGACGAGGGGGGCGAGGCGGCGCGCGGGUCGGGAAAGCGCGCCGAGGGCAGGGCGGUGGACGUCGAUGACGUCGUGGUCUUGGAUAAAGAGGAUGUGAACGACGACGCGCCGGCGCCGAGCGAGGUCGUGGAUGAGCUGAAGAAGUUUGGGGCGACGUCAGCGGAGUUGGCGUUCGUGUCCGCCUUGCGCGCGUUCUUCGAGGAACGGGGGGAGGAAUUCGCAAAGGUGAUGGUCGAAAAGGAGGUCGAAGAGCGCAUGCGCGAUCGAGCGCGCGAGGCGAACGCACUGGAGGCGAAUACGAACGCGACCAACCGCAAAGCUGCGUGUAUUCGCGAGGCGUGCCUUCGCGAGGCGAAGACGAAAGAACACGCUCGAGCGGUUGUGCGUAGGGCUUUAAAAACAUACAGAGACGAGUUGAGAAAGUGGGAACGAGCGGUUGUGCGAGCGCAGGUAGCUCCGGCUUCGACGAGCGACGCAUCGCCGUCCAGUUCCGCUCGUGAGGAUACGCUGACGCUGCCUUUUUGGCGACACGAUCGGGCGCUCGUCGAUGUGCCAUCGAAGACGGUGUCAGUGAAGACUCAAGUGGCGGUACAACCGUUUAGCUCUCACCAUCGCAACCGCCGCUCAUGGAAGAUGCGUGCGAACUCGGUGAAGACUCAAAAGGUUCGUUGCGUAAACCUGGGUAGCUCAGAGGCCGUACCGCCUUACAACUACUUUGCUUAUUCCACGCACUGUAAUUCGUUCAACGAGCACGACGAUAAUCAGUCCAGAUUGCUCUACAAGGACGAAGAGGGCGAGUUUGUAGAGGACCAGGCGGACGACAUCGAACAGGUCAAGGUGGCAAAUGAAUUUACGCGCGAGCAAGAGUUUGUGCUAGGCGCGCUGGCUUCCACGUUUAGUCGUUUCGUGCUGUUCGAUCACGUGGAGGUCAACGGCAUGCAACGCGAAACAGUUGUAAAGCACGUCGUGGAAGAGGUGUCAUCGAUCUUGAAGAUGGAAGAAGAGAUUGUCGUCGAUUGGUUGAACGAAGCGCGGACGACGCAGAGCACCAGCCGAGCUUGGUGCAUGUUUUUAGAAGCGAUCGAGAUCGUAUGCAAACUGUGGUCUCCGUACUCCAAGUUCGACAAUUUUGAGAGCUUGUAUAAGUUGAUGGGUGGUGUCUGCGAAACUUUAGCUCAAGUCGACACCGAUGGGAUAUUCUGGCAAUAUUUCGCACAAAUUGUCAUCAACGCCCCGACGAUGGCCCCGCUGAAGAAGCCAGUUAUCAUUUUUGAUACUCUGGAAGAGGCCACUGAACAACUUUCUGGCGCGUUCUGUCCAAGAUGUUUUGUAUUCGACUGCAGGACGCACGGAUCUUUGCAGCCAAAGUCGAGGGGGCGGAAGCACGCGAGUGAGAGAAAGCUCUUAUGGCGCGAACGCAUGCACAAGAAGGCGAACGUCAACGAAAAUGAUUUAAAAUGCUCUCCUGCGUGCUGGUAUCAGUCAUCUGAGUACAAAUAUCUUGCGACACACGGCAUGGUAUGUGUUUCUUGCGACCCAUCGGAACGAUCGCCGCUGUCGAAGGACUCGGAGACGGAAGAUCCAUUCGCGAAGAACAGAAGGAAGUGGCGCAACGUGCUGGAUGUUGAGAUCUUGAAAAAAGCUGUAGAGGUACUGAGCACUGCGGGAGGGAAGCCGACGGCGUGCGAUGUCACACUUUUCUUUGGUAAGCGACGUACCUGCGCCGAUGUUGGAAGACAAAUUCACUCGCUAGAGCUGAUUUCAAGUGGUGCCAUUGUCGCUGACGAAGACGUGGAAGAGGGCGACGAAGACGUAAACGGCAAGAAUAAAGGCAAAAAGCGAAAACAUCGCAGUGGUCAGACCAAGAAGAAGAACCCCACGAUCGCGAAUCGUUUGAAGCGAUCGAAAACGGAUGAAAAUGCGCUCGUGACUCAGUAUACCCCUUGCGACUGUGAGGGCCAGUGCGAUGCGGCGACGUGCUCGUGCAUACAGAAAGGUAUCUUCUGCGAGCGUUUUUGCAACUGUGGUCCAAACUGCGAUAAUGAAUUCCCAGGAUGCAAGUGCGAGACAACAAAGAAGACGUGCCGGACGAAUACGUGCCCUUGUUUCGCAGCUGGACGCGAAUGCACUCCGGAUAAGUGCCGGCGCUGCUGUAAGACCGCCGAUGCCCUUAUGCUGCCCAUUCGUCAAAAGUAUGGUUUCGUCGAUCCAGCGCAGACUGCAAAAAUACCUGACUAUCCGUGUGGUAACAUGAAACUUCAGCUCAGGCAAAAGGAACACGUGUGCUUGGGUAAGAGUGGUGUCGCUGGAUGGGGCGCGCACGUUCUUCACGGCGCACGCAAAGAUGACUUCAUCGGUGAAUACGUCGGCGAACUCGUCACUCAAGAUGAAGCCGAUAGGCGAGGGAUGGUUUACGACCGGAAUAAUUGCUCUUAUUUGUUCGACUUGAACAGUGAAUUCUGCAUCGAUGCGCAAAAUAGAGGGAACAAACUUCGUUUUGCGAACCAUUCCGUUCACCCUAACGUCCGAUCCGCCGUCAUGGCGGUCAACGGCGACAACCGCUUGGCCAUGUUUGCUUUGAGAGAUAUUGCCCCGGGUGAGGAGCUCUUCUUCGACUAUAGAUACAAAGAUGAAGUCGCGCCAGAAUGGCACGAGAAACGAGAGAAAGUUGAAAAGGACGCCAAGUCGGCGAAGAAAUCGAAGGGAAAUCGCAACAAGCACAGCGCAAAGAAGGCGUAUUGA